CCUCACAAAUAACUGGAAUAUACAUCACCCACAAAGGGACUCCAAUCAAAUGGGACAAUACUUAACACGUUAUUAAAACUUUAUGUUAAAAAAAUAAAAAAAUAAAUAAAAAAAAAACAUAAAACACAAUGCUUUACAUAUAACAUACAAGUGAUCAAUUUGGUUCAAAGCAAUCAAAAUUAAACACAAAUCAAAAGCAUGAUGUAUUAUAGCAAGUGAUAGAAAAGUAUUGGAAAUAAUAACAUAUUCCUCAUUUCUUUAGGAUUAUGUGCUAGGAAAUGACGUUUGCAUACAAUGAAUACACUAAAAUACAGCACUUUUUGUUCUUAUAUAACCAAUAGAGCAUAGUGCAAUGAAAUAUUAUUAUUGAAAUAAUCACAGCUGAAUAUUAUCUUUACCAUGUGUAAUAUAUUUUGGACUUCACUCUCUCGCAUACCAACUUGAACCAGCUUCAAAAUUCUUUGCUCUCAGUUCUAAAGGAAUUCAUUAAUCUCCAGUACAAGGAAACAUAACAUGUCAGUAUCUCUCACCUUUUCUGCAACUAAAAAGGGAAAUCUAGAAUGAAUGGUUGAAAUAUAUAUAAUACUGGUUCCUCUCCUAGGGUAAUAGUUUGUAUUUUCUGAUUUCCCUAGUACUAACAAUACCUAUAUUCUGGGGCUAUAAUAUACAUGAUUAUUAUAAUAAUAACAAUAAAAAUGGUACAUUUAUCAUUGUAACAAUACUAUUAAGGCCACUUGUCAUAUGGGUUUAGACUAAACCAAUUGGUCAACUAUAUUAAUUAUAUAAAAAUCACAUAAACCAUAGUGCGUUUAUAACUUCAAAUAAAUAUAUCAUGCAUUGUUUCCUCAACCAGUAAUGAAAAACCUCAUCAAAUGGUACAUGAGUUCCACACACAUAUUGCAAGUAUAAUUUACUAUAGUCACUUACUACAGAUGAACCUAAGUAUUUCAAAAUAUUGGGCUUACUUGUUAACAGCCAAAUGAGACAAUAACAGCCAUAAAGCUGUUGAGCCAUAGUUUAUGAACAGCCAAUAUAAAUGUAAAUGACACAACUCUACUUAUUGGCAGGUCAGCAAAUGUCCCUCUGGUUGUAGGGUGCAAGGACUGAUAACCAAGAUGGGGAAAGAGAGCAUGAGUAGAAUCAACACUGCAAAACAAUCCUGUCUGGCCAGUAAUGUGUGGUAUAUAAAACACCUUUCCGAUAGUAAACAAGUUUAUGGCAUAAUCAAGGAAAAGAUGCUCAAAUGCCAAGAUUCACUUUGGAAAUUUGCAAAAACUGGAGAGGAGAUCCAUAGAAGGCUGUUGUCCCUUAAACUAAAGGUGAAGGAGCAAGCUGAGAAGAUUGAAAGUUUGCUGGGUAACCUUAAACAUCAACUUGCUAUCAUGAAAACACUGGAGGUGGACAUUGACAUUAAGAUCCGGUCCUGCAAAGGAUCUUGCAGAAGCGUUCAUCUUUAUAUGAUAAAUAUGGAUGAUUAUACUUCCUGGAAGACAGAUUUGGCUGCAAUUAAUACAAGUCAGAUGAUACAGUCUAAAGACUUACCUUUUCUUAAUAUAAGCAUGGUGCAAAGUAACAUGACUAGCCUCAGCACAUCAUUGCCUAUUAUUGAAGGCAUGCAGUUAGAUCUGUUUGAAGACAUAAAACAGGAAGUAUUGAAGCUUGAAGACCAAGUAUAUUAUUACAAUAGCACAAACAAUAUGCAGUAAGCACAUUGUUCUCUUUGUUCCAGGGUUACAAUUAAAAAGUUCUGGGCUCCAGGACAUAAUAUCAAACAUUUUGGGCCAGAUUACAAAUGGUGCGCUAAAUAACUUUUUGAUUGUGCUCUAACUGCGCUUAAAGGGACAGUCAAGUCCAAAAAAAACCUUUCAUGAUUUAAAUAGGGAAUGUAAUUUUAAACAACAUUCCAAUUUACUUUUAUCACCAAUGUUGCUUUGUUGUCUUGGCAUUCUUAGUUGAAUGCUAAACCUAGGAGGUUCAUAUGCAAAUUUCUUAGACCUUGAAGACUGCCUCUAAUCUGAAUGCAUUUUGACCACUAGAGUUCAUUAGUUCAUGUGUUUCAUAUAGAUAACAUUGAUCUCAUGCACAUGAAGUUACCCUGGAGAUAGCACUGAUUGGCUAAAAUGCAAGUAUGUCAAAAGAACUGAAAUAAGUGGGCAGUUUGCAGAGGCUUAGAUACAAGGUAAUCAAAGAGGUAAAAAGUGUAUUUCUAUAACAAAGUUGGUUAUGCAAAACUGGGGAAUGGGUAAUACAUGGAUUAUCUUUCUUUUUAAACAACAAGAAUUCUGGUGUUGACUGUCCCUUUAAAGUAAAAAUGUAUCGCAACCGGGUCAGUAUGCAUAUCAAGUUCAAGGUAAAGAGCACAAGUCAGAUGCGUGCUAACUUCAGGAUUUCUCCCAUAGACUUCUCUUGGGGUUGCUUUUAAAAAAACAGUUAUCACUUGCACAGUUGCACACUAGCCCGAAACCUCAUUAAACAGAUCAACUGGGCCGAAGUGAGUUAUGAAUACUUUACAUUCCAGUGUUCUUCACAUAGAAGAAAAUGUUAUUUUUAUUUUAAAAUAGAUAUUUCUACAUUUCAUAGAUUUUUUGUUCAGUAUGCUAGUUUUAUAAUUUGCUGUGGAUUUACAUGGAUAUCAUAUAAAAUGUUAUAUGCUAUAAAAUAAAAAAAUAAACAUGUUGCUAUAAAUAGGGUGGAGGUGCAUAUAAGUGUGGCUCUUAUUCCAGUUCAUUAGAGUUUGAACAUACCAUGUGAAAACUUACACCACGAUUAGUUUUUGGCUUAAUUUAAUAUUCCAUUCCAAUCCAUUAGAAGCACAGCAGUUUAGAAAAGUUCAGUCACCAUGCUUAAAGGGACAGUCUACUCCAGAAUUUUUAUUGUUUAAAAAGAUAGAUAAUCCCUUUGUUACCCAUUCCUCAGUUUUUCAUAACUAACACUGUUAUAUUAAUACACUUUUUACUUCUGUGAUUACCUUGUAUCUAAGCCGAUACAGACUGUUUCCUUAUUUCAGUUAUUUUGACAGACUUACAUUUUAGCCAAUCAGUGCUGACUCAUAAAUAACUCCAUAGGAGUGAGCAUAAUGGUAUCUAUAUGGCGCACAUGAGCUAGCGCUCUCUGGCUGUAAAGAAAUUGUCAAAGUGCACUGACAUAAGAAGCGGUCUUUAAGGAUUUAAAAAAAUAGCUUAUGAACCUUCCUAUGUUUAGCUUUCAACAAAGAAUACCAAGAGAACAAAGCAAAGUUGAUGAUAAAAGUAAAUGGGAAAGUUGUUUAAAAUGACAUGCCCUAUCUGAAUCAUGAAAGUUUUAUUUUGACUUUACUGUCCCUUUAAGACCAAAAUAUAGCUGAAAAAAAUAAUAAUAAAAUUUUCUCACACAGGUUAGGUAAAUGCACAUUUUAUAAAAGGUAUAUUGGUUUAUAAUAUAGUACUAAACAAUUUACUUUCAUCCUGAGGUUCUGAUAUAUAUGUACCGGUACAAAUUCCAAAAUCCAUGAUUAUUAAGAAAUCCAGACUUUUUCAUUAAUAUGUGUAAAAAUGACUAUUUUCCACUCUAGUAAGUGACAAUCUUCACUGCUUGUGUCUGGUCUAGUUUUGUGUUCUAGAAUGCAAAUUAUAUUCUAUAUUUAUUUAAAUCAACUAUUACCUUUAGGUUUAAUAUAUAAACUGUAUUAUGACAUGUAAAUAUUGCCUAAAGAAAAUGAGAUGUUGUUUAUACCUUGUCCCAUUUUAUAGAUGCAAAUAUAUACAAAUAUUUAAAGGGUUUGUACCUUUGCCACUUUUGCUGCCAUACUGUGUGCAUACUUUAUUCCUGAUUGUAGUCAAGCAUGUUUACAGCAUUUUAUUUUUCUACAACUUUACAGUUUGUUAUUAAUAAAUAUGAAGACAUUUUAUUUUUAUGUUACUGCAACAAAAAUGGAAACAGAUUGUGUAUCGUGAUUAUCAUGUGUAUAAAUAUGUUUUACUUGUUUUUUAUGAAAAAUACAAAAUGUAAUUUGAUCAUCAAAUAAUAUUUGUCACAUUGUUUGUUGUUAUUGGUAAAACUGGGAGACACUGAUGGUCUGCAGGAUUCAGAAGUACAGAGACUAGAAAAGACUUAUUAGAACUCAGUUGCCUUUUUUCCCAUAGAGAUAUGGCUAGAAAGUGAGUCAUGGCGCCGAAUUAUCAAGCUCAAUGACCCUGUUUCCGUGCGAGCCUUCAGGCUCGCCGGAAACAGUAGCUAUGACCGCUGCUCCAUAACUGGUCUACCUGCUCUGAGGCCACGAACAUCAAUCCGCCCGAUCCUAUACAGGCUGAUUGACACCCCUGCUAGUGGACAAAUGACCACAAAUCUGCAUGGGGCGGCAUUGCACAAGCAGUUCACAAGAACUGCUUGUGUAAUGAUAAAUGCCGACAGUGUAUGCUGUCGGCAUUUAUCGAUGUGCGGUGGACAUGAUACACUGACCUUUCUCAAGACUCUGACUGGUCAGUGGAGACCGAAACCGGUUGACUGGUAAGGAGUAUUUUAAUUGUGAUCACAUUAAGAAGCCAUCUGCACUAUUGUUUGCCUUUCCUUUUUUGGCAGGUAAGGGACAACAUUGCAAGUUGGAAUUAUUUGUUAACUACUGCCCAAGAAGAUUUCUACAUAAUCAGCAGUUGGGAUCCAUAUUGAGAUAGACUAUAGCAAGAUUCUUAUUAUCCAAUUUGAAUAUUUAUGUGGACUUUUAAGCAUUUUAUGUUAUAUCAUCUGUUUUUUAACCCAAUGUUGUUAUAUGGUCUCUUAACAUCUUGAGGCUCUUUGAGCAAGUCUCUUAUAUCUAGCUCAGCAACUCUGAUCCCUUUAGAUUUGUAUUUUAGGGUAUCAAUUUAGAGCCUGUGUUCAAUUUCAAUCCAAUCACAAAGUUUUGCCACUAUUCAGUGUUUAUAACAGAUAUUUGUUCACAUCACAGUUUGCAAGCAGAAACACAUUUGAACACACGUUUAAGUUGUGCUGUUGUUUUUUUUUUGUUUUUUUUUGGGGUCUAUUUAUGCUUUAUGUUUGCAUUAGUUGAUUUGUCCAAAAUUCACUUGUAUAUCGUUUUAUUUUGAAUUCAUUGUUUAUUUUGAAAAUAAGGUUCACACACUCCUGCAAUAUUUUUCUCACAUUUUUUCACUUGUUAGGAUUUACACCCUUUUUGGAUAAACACAUAGGCACAACCUCAGGUCUUAUAUUUUGAAUUCAGGUUCUAGACAUUCCUGUAACAUUUUUUGUCCACCUGUUAGGAUUUACACAAUUUUGGUUAAACACAUAGGUAAAACCCCAAUUCGGAGCCACUUACAUUUCACACCCACUGGUUUCAAGCAACCUGGAAUCUAUCCACCUGUGCAUUGUAACCCAUUGUUUUUAUAAAUAGAGUGUGCAUAAGCGCUCCUAGCAUUCACAUAUUAGAAUUUAAGUUUCAUGCGAUAGACAUUAUUUGUUAGAUUUUUGUUGUUGUUAUUUAUUGUUCUACAAGCAUUUUUAAAUUGUUCCU